AUGUAUCAAGUAAAGUUAUCAAUCUUUUAUAUUAUAUUUUUAUUACAAUUUAUAGUAGCAUAUUCAUAUAGUAACACAAAAGUUAAUGAAAAUGGGAAUAUUUUAUCCUCAAAUUUAUCUAUUAAAAAUAAAAAAAAUAAUUUUAAAAAUUUGAAUUCUGGUGAUAUAAUAGAUGCAAAAAAAGAAAAAAAUGACAUUAAGAUAAGAAAAAAUAUGAAUAAAUUAUAUAAUACUUUAUUUCCUGAUGAUAUAGAAAAAAAAAAUGAAAAAAGUAACUUUGAUAAUAAAUAUGAAAAGGAACAUUUUGAAGAUAAUUCUUAUAGAAUAAAUAUACCAAUUGACGAAAAAGAUUUAAAUAAUAAAAAACUUGACAAAAAAAGUGACACUUUGAAAAAUACAGAACUUUUUAAUAAUGAAAUGAAAAUUGAAAAUAUAAAAAAUGGAGAUGAGAUAACAAUAAAUAAGCAAAAUACUUUUGGUAUACUUGGAAAUGGUGAAAAAAUGAAAAGUGAAUCAAAAUUUGCUAUUUUUAAUUAUUUAAAAGAUUUUUUUCAGAAUUCUUCUUACAUAAAAAAUUUCAGGAAUUAUAUUGAAAUUUUUUUUAAUAAAUAUGAUCAACGUAUAAUGGAGUCUACUAUUUUUUUUAAUUUUGAUGAAACACUAUUUUAG